AUGCAAGAUUAGCAAUUAUUAAUAAAAGUCAUUUCAGUUGGUGACACUCAGAGUGGCAAAUCAUGCUUGAUAAAACGAUUUUGCGAAGGCAGAUUCAUCAAUAAGUAUGUCACAACAAUUGGGGUUGAUUAUGGUGUUAAAAAGAUGAUGAUUUAAAAUAAGAAGGUUGCUAUAAAUUUCUUCGAUUUAUCGGGUGAUGAGGAUUACAAGGAAAUACGAAAUCCAUUCUUCGCUGAUGCUUAAGGGGUGGUUUUGGUUUGCGAUUUAACAGACAGGCAAUCUUUUCAAAAUUUACCUAAAUGGGAAAAGAUGAUGACUGAUAAUGGAUUGGAUUUAAAAUAAGCGGCAGUUUAUGUGGUAGGGAAUAAAUCGGAUUUGAAGAACAAGGAGGUUGAUAGUGGUGACAUUCUUGCAUAUGCUAAGAAGAAGGGGUUUGAAGGGAUGAUAUGCAGUGCAGCUGGAGGGGAGAAUGUGAAUGAAUUAUUUGAGAGGAUGUUCGCGAAGAUUGUGGAUUAGAUUGAAAAUCUGAAAUAAAAAAUCAAAGCUUGAAUAGUGAUUUGAUUAUUAGUUAUAUAAUUUCUAUUUGAAAUUUGAAU